UAGUUCGCGUUACAGACGAACAGACGAGCUCGUAGUACCAGCGGGCAGUUUAUUGACGUCGCAUCCAACUAACUUGCUUUAAGCCUCUGUGAAUGUCAUCUAGUCUCAGUACCGCUGCAGUUGUGUGCGGCACGCCGCGCGCCAAAACACGCCUCACACACGAUCGUUUUAAUAAAAAAAAAAAAAAUUAAUAAUAACGAGAACAAAUGUCACUUUUCAAAAUAUAUUCCCGCGCGAAGUAGCACGCGCGAAAGAGACGGCCGCUCCCCGCGACCGCUAUUUCGGUGACGUCGGCCGGUGCAUAGCGAAAUAAAAUAAUGAAAAGUGGCAUUCAGUGAAUUCGUUGUGUUUACGCGCGUUGCUAGUUUGUUUGGCUCGGUAGUGCUGCACCGCUGCACUGGAGCGCUGCAUUUCUCGAUCGAAACGCAGCACCCUCUACCGGCCUGGCCGCCAUCGACCUGUCACAACAAUAACCUCGACGACGUCGUGGAAAACGCGAUGUCUCGACGAUUUUACCGCGACGAGAUCGGGGGCUCGCGAAAAUUGAUGUAGCGGCGUUUAUAUGAAUUUUUUUUUUCGAAACUUAACUAAGUGCGAAGUUCAGUUGCGCGCGAGCCGUCCCCGCACGCGCCUCGCGCUCCAGCGGAAAACAACGAAAAACUACGAAAAUCUACGAAAAGGAGCCGAAUGGACCCCGAGCUGGACUCGAUUCCCGCCGAAAUAACUUCCCAAGCUGAACUUUCAAAUUUCGCAACAGAAAAGACCGCGGUCGAUCCCGCAGUGAAAAUUUUUGCUCAACUAUGUGAUGUAGACCUCGUAGUGCCUUACGAACCAAAAAUUGUGAUGUCAUAGUGCAAAAUUAAGUAGAACUAGUUUAAAGUAUUAGUGAACUAUAUUUUGGAGCGGCGACGAACAUUUCUUAGUGCAUAUGGACUACUGCAUAGACUCUAUAAGGGUUGUCGCACGUGUGCCAUGGCGGAGUGCUCAUUCGCGCGCUGCCAGCAGGAACGAAGAGCUAUACGGAAGGAGCUACAGCGCUGGACGAAAAACAUGGUGUACAUACUAGGUCUAGAACGGGUGGCAGAGGAGUUGAUGGGUCGCAGAAAAUGGAAACUAUAUCAAGACGGAUUAAUACCAAAGCGCAUCGAAGGCGAACAAUCGAGCGACGAAGACUCCAUAGCUGCAUCAGACCCCCCUCCCGCGCUGAAGAUCAAGACGAUCGAGCAGAUCAACGACCCACAGGGAGAGAAAACGGAGGAAAAGAAGAGGCCAGAGACGAUCCUGGAGAGUUUGAUCAAGAGGCCGGCGACGCAACCGAAGGUAGAGGUCGCAGAGGUCGCAGAGGUCGCCGAGGUUGAGGACUGGAAGCCAGCGGAGAGGUGUUACUUCUGCGUGGACGGAGAGAGGGUCGAGGGAGAGGGGCCGGCGGGCGCGACUAGUCCCGCGUCAGAAUCGGACAGCAGUUCUGUGUCGGGCGCGAAAAGUCCCGCCGGACCACCACUGCUGCACCACUUACUGCAACUACAGAACCAGAACCCACAGGCCGUUGCACAGUUCCAGCAGAUGAUCGCGGCGCUGACGGCGCUGGGCACGGGGCUCAUCCCGCCGGCGCUCUCGCAGGCCUGGAUGAUGCAGCGGCUGGCGACCGCGAGACCGCAGACUGAGAGGCUAUCAGAAAGCGACAAGGUAGUGGCGCCAAGUGCGUCUCCAACGCUGACGGAACAGCCCCUCGACCUGAGCGCCAAAUCCACCUCCAGCACGAGCGGUACACCACCUCCUGACACCAAAAGUCUGGAUAACACCAGAUUAAAACGUGCAGUCCUAGAAGGGUCAAGCAAUAGCGCUACGAGACGCGCCUACACAGAGGAUGAGCUACAGUCCGCGCUGCGGGACAUCCAGUCCGGGCGGUUGGGGACCCGUCGUGCCGCCGUUGUGUAUGGGAUCCCUCGCUCCACGUUACGGAACAAGGUCAACAAGUUCGGCCUCACCACCGAUACCGGCCAAGAUUCCGAGCCCGAUAGCGAGCCCGAGAAGCCGGAGUCACCGCCGUCGGUCAUCCUCAAGAUCCCAACCUUCCCGCCGCCCGACGAGAAGAGUCCCUCGCCCGCGACGCCAGUCACCACCCCGGUAACGCCCAUCACUCCUAUUCUUCCCACACAGCCGCCGCUCCUACUCCCACCGUCGGUCUUCGCCGACCCGCCCUCCGGCCAGCACCUCUUCACGUCCCUCAGCGACGUUAUAGCGAAAAGCAUCAGUCAAAAGUUUCAACAGCCCCUAGAUCGACCGCCUCAGCCCUCCGACCUCCAGUUCAUGCGCGCGCCAGAUAGACACGUCUCCGUGAUAAAAACGCCCCCCGAUAACCAGAGGAACUACGCGAUGCCGAGCAACUCGAAGGCGCCGCCUAACAAUAACGGGCAGCCGGCGACCGGCGGGAAGGGCACGCGGCCCAAACGCGGGAAGUACCGCAAUUACGACAGAGACAGUCUCGUGGAGGCCGUGAAGGCGGUGCAACGCGGAGAGAUGUCCGUACACCGCGCCGGGUCCUACUACGGCGUGCCGCACUCCACGCUCGAAUACAAGGUGAAGGAGCGCCACCUCAUGAGGCCCAGGAAACGCGAGCCGAAGCCCCAACCGGAGGUCAAGCCGCAGCCCCCGAAGCCGCCGCCGAAGCCGGCGACGAAGCCGUUCGGGAACGGGCUCAACGGCCCCGAGGGCUACCCGGCCGGGUACCCGUUCUGGGCGGGCGGGUUCCCGCCGCCCGCGCCGGACCUGUACGCGUCGCACAUGAUGCGGCGCCUGCGCGAGGAGGCGCCGCCGGCCAACGGCUCGUUCCUGGAGGGCAUCAUCCGCUCCAGCCUGGAGCGCGAGGAGCCGGCCGCGCGCCGCCCGCGCCUGGACGCCGGCCUGCGCCUGGCCGCCGACAUGCGCGAGGCGGUGCAGCGCCUGCGCGCCGACAAGCUGCGCCCGCGCAACGGCACGCCCACGCCGCCCGCCGAGCCCGCGCCCGAGCGCGCCUAGCGCCACCAAAUAUCACAAUAGUUACCUAACGUCACAACCGACUCGAUACACGGCUUUACCGAUGCGAUAUCACAAUUAAUAGCGAGUAGACCGUUUGCGUUCCGUACUCCUCGAGCCCGGCCCCGCCCGGAGCCCCCGGCGGCGCCGAGCCCGCUCCGCACCGGGUUGUCCUAAAUUACGUUCCCAGUCCGGAAACCUCACUUUUCGACCUCGUUUUAAGUAAAAGACAACCAAAAGUUAAUGUUAUGAAAUCGACUAUUUAAAUAUUUUUAAGUAAAUAAAAAAAAAAACAAUGUAACAAAUUAAUUAUAAAGCUAGCUAUGAGUGUAAAUGUUAUCGAUUUUUAAGUGAAUAAACGCAGAUUUUGUGCGGUGUUUUUAUAAUUAGAUAGGUAAUAAUAAUAUUGAAUGAAGGAUCGCCGCGGCGGGCCCGGUCGCCCCGUCUCUGUCUGUCGCCCCGCGUGUGAGAGGGACGGCUGCAUGCGCGGCUCCGCGAAGCCGAAAUCGGACUUGUGCAAUUAUUAUUUUGUAAAAAAUAGUAAUUUAAUGUGUGUGUGUGCUAACACGUGGAUUUCCAUAUUACUAAAUGUGAUAUUUAGGUAUUACGAGUGCGGUUUGCGUGGCGCGGUGUUUACACCGACGUACAUACGUCUAGUGAACUUAUAUAUUUUAUGUACUAUUAUUGUAUCUUAAGAAGAUAAUAUUCUUAUUUUUCAUGGUCCAAGUUUUAAAUGUAUUAUCGACUAUACAACAAAUAUGAAUAAUCAUUAUUAUAUUCUUGUCGACUUUAAAAAUUAUUAGCCCAAAAAAAUUCCUCAAAAAAAAUUAAUAUCUUCAAAUUUGUGACAUUUUUUGGUGUUCAAUCGGAGUAUAUAACGGAGGUACGGUGGUAAAUAAUGUAUACGCUCUCACAGAAUAAAUUUAGGUAAAAAUAUUUGGAUAUUAUAAAUAUUAUCAUACGAUUACUUAUAGUAAGAUACGUGUAAAUGUGCGCCUCAUGGAAAUUUAAGAAGUCUUUGUAUUGUGUAUGUAAUUAAAAUAUACAUAUAUUAUAUACAAGUUAAAAAAUAAAUAAAUAUUGUCGUACAUUUUUUCUUCGGAGACCACGAAUGAUGUGAAAAUAGAAUACAGAGUCUGACUUCGACAUUUCGACGGUAAAUAUCAUAAUCUCAAGAGGACCUUAAGAAUGUAAAUUAAAAAAAAAAAACUAUAAAUGUUUAAAUAAUCUGUAAGUAUCAAAAUUCACAUACAUAUCCAAAGUCGAGAUGUCGAACACCCACUCUACUAUAGCAAAAAACAAAAAAAAAAAAACAAAAUUUUUUAUAUUCGAAAUUUAAUAGUCGAUAGCAUGUUUUCACCUCCAUUUCGUUUUCUCUGUGUAUAAUUUUUGAUGUCUUUUUAGCGUUUAAUCCUCGGAAAAAAAAAAUUAUAAUAACUGUUAUAUGCAUUUAUAUUGGUAAAAGACUUGUAAGAAGUAUAUAAAAGUAAAGACAUAAUGUCGCAGUGUAGCGUCGGCUAGGGCCCACCAGACCGCAUUUCAAAACUUUCCAAAUUAAAAUUAUAGAAAAAAAAAUCGAACAACUUUUUUUAAUACGUACACAAAUCUAUGUGUUAUGCCUGACAUUUGUUGAUAGCUUAAAAAAAGUUAUUUUGUGUAAGUUUGUACAGAAAUAAUAGGAUGGGACAAUUUGCAAAGAUAAUUUAGAUGUUAAUAAAACAUUCCGGUUAGAAUGUUAUUAGAUUUUUUUUUAAAUAAUAAUAUAAAUAUUUUUCACAUCGGGAACAAAUCAUUAUGUUGUUUAAUCUUAUUUUGUAACGUUAGUUAAUUUUUAAGUGGCUUUAUUUUUUAAAAUAACCCUAUAUAUAUGAUUAUAAUAUUAUAUUGAGAUGUUAUACAUGUCAUUGUUUUGUGCGAAGUGUUUGGGGUUCGAUCCCGGUUUAAAAGAGAGUUGCGACUGAUAUGUAGUAGAAAAAUGCCGAGUUGAAGCGCUCGGCCGGUUUGUACAAAGUGUAUACGCCGCCUUAACGUAUGUUAUGAACAGUGAUCUCCGCAAUCAGCUUGUCUACACUUCAUACACGCCAUUUUGACUUGCAAAAAACAUUUUUGUAUACUUUCAAAUCAAAUAAGUCAGAUGUAACGCCUUCUUCGAAACAUUUAUUUCCACUGGCAACUCCGGUGUGUGUUGCUAUCGCUUUUCAAUGAGGUCACUGGAUUUUAUUAGUGAAUCGUUUUUAUUGUAUAUUGUUCGAUAAUUUUUUCCACAUAGAUUUAAGAAUUUUAGUUAAUAACGUAGAGUAAUUUUGAAUUAAUAGGUAGGCGGUAGUAAUUCUUUAAUAUUUUGUUAAUUAUUUUUUUUUUUUCGUAUUUGUAAUGAAUUUCUUAAGGGUUAGGUUAAACUUGAACGGUCCUCACCGGUCCAGGAACAAAAGACAAUGAAGGGAAGUUGCAUUUUUUUAUAAAAGAAAAAAAAAACGCUCUUUAUGAUUCCGAGACGACGUGAUCUAGAGUGCAAUCUAAUCUUAGGUGUUUCUGAACGAAAUCGUCGCUCAAUAACGCUUUUAUUCGCAUCAAACGCGAAAACUAUAAAAAUACCCUUAAAAAUAGACUACAAAAACCGUUACAAAUAUACAAAAUCAAAUCUCAUGUCAAAAUAUCGAACGCGAGCGCAGUUUCGGAAAUUAAAAAAAAAUUACUUGUGUAACGUAUUCUGUAGUCUAUGAAACGUUAUAUACCUUAAAAGACAUUGCCAGAUCUUAUUUCUAAGCAUUCGUAAACACAUGUUGUUCGUUUGUGUGACUGUAUUGUAUAUAACCGUCCAUCGGCCGCAGGCAAAGCGACACGUCACGUUUGACAGAACGUGUGGCAAUGUGUCAAACGUGGCAGAACAUGUCAAACGUGAUAGGCCGUGCUGUGACGGUGUGUCACUUGGCCUCCGGUCGGGGCGGGUAGGAUGAACUUAAUGUAAGCUUCACCUAAUUGUUUUCCUUCUAUAUAUGUAUCUCUAGAAGAUUAAUUUUAAAAUUAAAAAAAGUAAAAAAUUA